UUGCGGAGAAACUACUACAGAGGAUCUGUAACAUUUUGGCAUUACCGAGAAGAAGAAGAAGAAGAAGAAGAAGACAUGGAUUCGGAUUCGGUUCGAUCAACGUUGUCUGGUUUGGCGCUUGGAAAUGUGAUGGCCGCGGCCGCUCGCGAUUACCAGAAGGAAUUGCUAGCUCAAGGCAAGGCCCAGGCUGCUGCGCCAGUUGAUCAAGAAGUUGAUUUGGAUGAGUUAAUGGAUGAUCCUGAGCUAGAAAAAUUACACUCAGACAGGAUUGCAGCUCUGAAGAGUGAAAUUGAGAAGCGACAAGUUCUACAAAGACUGGGUCAUGGGGAAUACAGGGAGAUAUCUGAAGGAGAUUUCUUGGCUGAGGUCACUAAGACUGAAAAAGUAAUAUGUCACUUUUACCACCGGGAAUUUUACCGCUGCAAGAUAGUUGAUAAGCAUUUGAAAAAUCUCGCGCCAAGACAUAUCGAUACAAAAUUCAUUAAGCUCGAUGCUGAGAACGCACCCUUCUUUGUGGCCAAACUUGCCGUGAGGACGUUGCCAUGCAUCAUAAUGUUCAGAAAUGGCAUCGCCACCGAGAGAAUCAUAGGGUUUCAAGAUCUUGGAGGUAAAGAUGAUUUUACAACUGCAACACUUGAGCGUCUUCUUAUCAAAAAAGGAAUAAUUGAAAAGAAAGAAAACGAUGAAGGAGAAGAGAAGGAGCAUAGAGGCGGAUCAGUUAGAUCAUCUACAUACAAUUCAGAUUCUGAUUAAAGGUUAAAAGAUGCUGCUUCAGCCUGUUUGCCGACGCUGAGGAACCGUGUCGCAUGGAUAUUAUACAUUGUAACUUUAUAUGAUUAAAAAACUUGCAACUUUUCCCAAAAUAUUGAUUCCCCAGCUUCAUGUCGUGUUGCUUCUCGAGAUAUGUAACAAAGGAUUUCGUCAGCUUUGAACCCAGAAUUUAUCUAA